AUGUCCACCCCCAAAACCAUCGUCGUCAUCGGCGCCACCGGCUCCCAAGGCGGCUCCGUUGUUCGUCGCUUGCUCCAAAACCCAUCCUACCACAUCCGCGCCCUCACCCACUCCCCCACCAGCGCCACCUCUCAAUCCCUCGCCUCCAAAGGCGUCGAAGUCGUCUCCUCAGACGUCAACGACCCUUCCACGCUCGGUCCCGCCUUCGCCAAUGCGUACGCCAUCUUCGCCGUAACCGCCUACUGGCCCUCCUUCCCCACUCUCGGCCGGCACGGCGCCGGCGAGGAGGAACUGCAGCAGUACAAGAACAUCGCGACUGCCGCGAGUAAGGUUGAGGGACUGAAGCACUUUGUUAUUAGCACCUUGCCGUCAGCCGAGGGAAGUAGUGGGGGCAGAAUCGAGGUGCCGCAUUUUGAUUACAAGGCUAGGGCGGCGAGUUGGGUUAAGGAGCAAUUGCCGGGGCUGUGGGAGGUGACGACGGAGUUUUGGCAUGGUAAGUUUCCCUUUGCCUCUUUGUUUCGUUCACCCGGUUCGCAAGGAGCGUACAUCGUUCCGCUCCCAGGUAAUCACGACACCUUGAUUCCAUAUGCCGGUGAUCUGCACCAUAACGUCGGUGUCGUGGUUGAAGCUAUCAUCAACAGCGGGCCCAAGGCGUAUGGAAAGGUUGCGGUUCUGGCCACGGAUUACGUGACGUGGGCGGAUGGAUACAAGGCCAUCGAGAAGCUGGUCCCCGAGAAAAGGAUUGCGUUGAGUAAGAUUGACCGUGAACAGUUCAUCAAGAUUUGGAGAGAGUGGGGGAUUGAGAUCGCUGAUCAGAUGGCGUGGAAUGAUGAGUUCACUGACUGGAAGGCGUUGGCCGGCGAAAGGUUCUUGGUAUUUGAGGAGUUGGGGAUCAAUGAGGGAGAGCUUGUUGGUUUUCAUGCGGCGCUGGAGGGAUUGAAGGAUAAGAUUUUCUGA